AUGGCUUGUAUAAUAGAAUCUAACUCUUGUAGAACUGCCCUCAUUGAAGCUAGUUUAAGAUCUGGAAAAUACGUGCUCUUUCUACAGGAGGUUCCUAAGAUCAAGACUAGCCACUGCCGCGCAUGGGAUUGUAUGCCUAGGAGAAGCACCGGGAAUCCAAUCAUCCUACGGAUGUUAAUCGCAAGUGAUUGGUUCUUUCUAAUUGAUGUAUUUAUAUUAGGCUCUAUUGAAUAUUAUCAUAUCACAUGUCUCGAACGACUACUUCCAGACCUCCCUAAUUUUGUUGGAUAUGGCUACCUAAAGAUGGAUGGCUGGAUUGCUGCUCUGCCUGAUAGUCAUAUCUCCAUAAAGUCGUCUUCCGAAGCAAUUAAGGACUGGUUCCAUCACAAAGGAUGGUCAUUUGGCAUUGACUGUUACGAGCGUUUCAAUAAGGACCAUGAUGAUUGGACCCAAGAUACCAGUUUUAUCUGGAUUGAACAUAUACUCAGCCACGAAGAAAAAGUAGACACGGACUGCUGCCAUUGUAAAUCUCUGCCAGGGGCUUCUGAGCCACAAAGAUCACAUUAUUUUCCCAAAGAGCCUUCUGCAAUGUCACUCAGUGAGUUACUUGCGUCUGUUAGCGGGCAGCCUCACAUUGACAAGAAGUAG